AUGGGUAACAGCUUAGUUCCUCAUCGUCGUGAACUUCAUCAAAAAGUGGACCAUUCUCUCGAUAUGAUUGAUCAAAUCAUUAUCAAUAAAGGAGAACAGGUUGAAAAGGGGGAUUUACAAAAUACUUUUCUGGAAGAAAAUGAAAAAGAUUUGUUGACAUUGAUGAUUGAAAGUGAAAAAAGAGGAGAAGGUGCCAUGUCCAAUGAAGAGCUCAAGUUAGCUGUGAAUCCAGAUAUUCAACAAAGGGCUAGAGAAAAAGCUAUUCGUAUACUUGACGAUGAACCUGUAGAUAUCUUGCCAACAUUAGAACAAACCAAAGAGUUUGUAUACAUCAAUCAAGUGAUUAAAGAGAAAUUGCGUAUUGCUGGUCCUACUUCUUGUAUCGAUGAACAUGAGGCUACAAAAGAUACAGUUUUGUCUAGUACGCCUAUUCCAAAAGGCACGAAUGAGGUUGCCGAUCUUUUUGGUAUUCACAAUAGCAAGAAAGUCUGGGAGAACCUCAGUAAGUUUGAUCCUGAGAGAUUUGCGCAAGAUGGGGAAGAACCAAACCAUAGUAUGUCUUGGGUUCCUUUCAGUAGUGACACUCGACAAUGCAUUGGCAUGAAUUUCAGUUUGUAUGAACACCGGGUGCUUUUAUCUAUGCUUUUAAGAAAAUAUACAUGGACAUUGCCUGAAAAUUCGAUUCAUAAACAUGAUGCUGUCACUGCAGAAUUAAUGGUAGUGGGCCCUGUCAAUCUAGAACUGGAUUUUGAAAAGAGAUAUUGAACAUAUAUAUAUAUAUAUAUAAUAAAAGGGCCAUGUAUACUUAGGAAUAUCACAUUCAGUUACAACUAAAUACUAUAAUCACAAGCUUU